GGGAGUGGCUCCAGAACAGUGGGUCGGGACUGGGCCCAAUCAGGGCAAGGAUUCCUUGGUUCUCUUGUGCCUUGGCGACAGUUUCUUUUCAUUACUCUGUGGAGAAGGGUGAUAACAACCCUACCUGUUUCUAGAAGAGCUUUGGUGGGGAAAGAUCCUGUUUGCAUCUAGAGACAAAUAAAAAAAGAGCCCAGGAUAGGGAUUGUACAAAGAUAGGGACGGGCAUUGUUCUUAACUUGAAUUAGAGGAAAUGGCCCAGAGAAGCGCCCUAAGGAAUCAAAGUUGGGCUUAAAAAUUGGAGCUCUUUGGCAGCCUCGUAUAGGAAUUAUGUGGUACAGUCUGUCUCAGUUGAAGACUUCACCUGUAUUCUAAAUGACAGAAUCAGAGAAACAAGAGGAGCCAGGAGAGAAAUGUUAGGAAAAGGUUUAGAAAGAGUCCAGGAGUCAAAACGCAACUAGAGCAACGAGACAGAAGGGAAAUGACACCCCUACCCCCACCCCGAGCCGCUUAGUUCCUUUGAUGUCAUACUUCCUCUAUUUAUAUUCUGAAAAAUAAACUUAAGUGGUGUCUUUUCCUCAAGCUGGGGAGAGGGGUUUCACAUUAGAACGAUUUCAUCACUUGUAUGAGGACAGAUGGGUCCUUAGGAGGAUGCCUAAGCAAAGGAAUCCUGCGAUGGGAUCAGAUCUGGAAAAUUGUUUUUGAGAGUGUAAUCAAAGCAACAACAAACUACAGAAAUUGUUUGAAGACAACCAGGCUUCCCUGGAGUCAUUUUUUAAAAAUUUUCUACAUGUGUGCCACUCAUACAGAAUAUCUUUUACACUUCUUUUUCCCAGUAAAUUCUGGAAAGAAACUGAGAAACACGUUCGUGCAAAAAGACACCAGGCACACCUUGCCCCAUGGUUAGGAGAGUUAAGAAGAUGGGAGCAUCCUGGCCAGAGUGUCUGCUUCUGAGUUCCGCAGCCUGAGUUAGGGGAAAUAUGAACAGGACAACUCUUCUUUCACUUCACAAGCUCUCAACGGGGCAUCUCCUGACUAGAGAGAGCCGCCUGUAAAACUGUGAUUCCACAGACACAAAUCCUCCUAUAGUCCAGGAUGAGCUCAUUUCUGGAUAUAUGAACUGCCUUUUGGAAGUUGGGAAAUUGGAGUUUCCUUUGGACCUGACAGAUUUUUAUCAGCGGCAAUGCAGGAGGAAAUUUGGGAGUCAAACAAUGUGAUAAAAGAUAUUAUGAGUAAAGACGAGUCUGCAUGGGAAGGAGGAGAGAGUCAAACGUUGGUCCCAGCAGUGGGAGUCCCGAGUGGACCUAAUGUAGAGCUAGAGGCUCUCCAGGAAUAACAAGUUUGCAUCCAUCAACAGGCUUGCCCCUCAGUCCAGCAGCUCUAUAACAGAUCUACUGAGCAACGAUAGUGCACAACCCAGAAUGGAUGUCCUCUUCGUAGCCUUCCUUGCUGUACCACUCAUCCUGGGACAGGAAUACGAGGAUGAAGAAGAGCUGGAAGAGGGUGAUUACUAUCAAGUGGCAUAUUAUUAUUACACAGUUACCCCUAAUUAUGAUGACUUUAGCGCAAACUUUACUGUUGAUUACUCCAUAUUUGAGUCGGAGGACAGGUUGAACAGACUGCAGAAGGAGGUCACAACAGAAGCCGUAGAGACCACCAUUAGUCUUCAGACAGAACUUGUGGACCAGCAGAACCCUGUAACAACGAGACCAGCGAGACCAGCGACAACAGAACCACAGAGUCCAGAUCAGAAUGAUGCCAUGUCCAGUCUGCAGAGUUCUGUGUCCUGUCUUCUCUUAUGGACCCUCUUUCAAGGGGGGAUGCAUUUUAUGUAGAAGGUAAGAGGCCAGCCACUGGCUUUUGUGGGGGUGCUCUGAAGUAGUUCUUACCAACCUGCUCAGUUCUCCUAUGCUUAAGGAAAGAAACGCGAUCACAUUUAGAAAUAUCUAACCAUCUAAUCUUGGAGAAAUUUGUAAUAAAUUGAAACAAAGACUUUUGUGAUGUCAUUUUUUUUUUUUAUUCUAAUCUGGGAGGACUUUCAAGACCUCCUAGGACAGAGGCAGGUUGAAUGAGGAAGACUUUUCCAAACUCCCAACAAGACUGGAAAACCAGGGCUGGUUCCAUUCUGGCCAGGUUUGAAGUUAUGGCAGGUGCCAGAGGUCAAAAUGGGUGUGUGCUACAACCCUGUAAGAGCCAAGAGGCAAAGUUCAGCAGGAGGAAGGAAGCAUGAAAGGGACACGUCUUUCUCAACAAAGAGUGGAGAAUCCAUCUUAGAACAUGAAAUCUGUGGAGUCUGCACAGAGAUGGGAGCGAGGGCAGACUUCUUGGCCUCUUGUUCUUGUGUUUUGGCUUUAUUGUUUUUAAUUACGUGUAUGUAUAGAGGAGGGGUAUGGAUACAUGAAUGGGGUGCUUAGGAGGCCAGAGGCACCAGAGCUCUGGGAAUGGGUUUACAGGGUUUUGGGAACCACCUGGCGUGAGUGCUAGGAAUUGAACUUAGGUGGCGGACUGUCAAUUGUCGGUGGUGGCACAUGUUUGUUUUUUUUUUUUUUUUUUUUUUUUUUUUUUCCGAGACAGGGUUUCGCUAUGUGGCUUUGGAGCCUUUCCUGGAACUCGCUCUGUAGCCCAGGCUGGCCUCGAACUCACAGAGAUCCACCUGGCUCUGCCUCCCGAGUGCUGGGAUUAAAGGCGUGUGCCGCCACCGCUGCCACCACCACCUGGCCAGCACAUGCUUUUAAUCCCAGCACUUGGGAGGCAGAACCAGGCGUAUCUAUGUGAGUUCGAAGCCAGCUCUGGUUUACAGAGCUAGUUCUAGAACAGCCAAGGCUACACAAAAAAAAUCCUGUCUUGAAAAACAAAACAGAAAGCAAUAUGUUUUCUUAAACACCAAGUCAACCACCUGAUCCUGUUUUUAUGCCCCUCC